AGUGAGAAAGGGAGAGAAAGAAAGAGAGAGAGAGAGAAAGAAAGAGAGGAAGAAAGAAAAAGGUAGAGGAUAUCGAUAUCGUGAUCUAACGCAAUCAUAAACCUUCAAAAUAUAUUUUGUUCCAUAAUAAUCCGAGAAAAGAGACACUACCGAGCUUGCGAAUUAUUAUUUCCUGCGAUCCGAAAAAAAUAAGUGAACGAUAGUUGAUCGCGUUAAGCCUCGAAGGAUUAUUCUUGUUCUUCUCAAGUCGCGACUAAUUUUUUAUUUUCUAUUUUUUUUUUUGUUCAUUCCCCUCUUCAAACUCGUGCAAUCUCAUAAUAUUGGUGUAAAUAACGAUGAAAAUAAUUGUCUCGGAAAGUUAACGUGUCCUAGGAAGAUUUACAAUUAUUUGGCAUGCUGCUCGUCAACAGAACAAUCGCCUGAGUAAAUACUUGGACAAAUUUGGAGGUUAUGUGUUUCCGAGAUACGUACGCUAAAUAACCAACUUGGAUUUUAAGACUGUACGUUUGAUAAGAAAGAAACGUAAAAAAAAAGUGGAUGCAUAAUUGCAAGGGAUUAAUAAAUCUUGUCUCAUCGUGAAUGUUCAUAACCUGUACGUUCUCCACUUGGAAAAAAUAAGAAAAAUCGUUCGAACUUUGCUGAUAUCAUCGCUGUACUAUUCUGCAAGAUACAUAUUAAAUGUUUAACCGAACACCGAUCAUUAUAUCUUUGUUUUCCUAUAUUUCUUUUUUAUUAUUUAAAUAAAAAGACGUACACGCAAGCAAGGGUGUUCAUAAACUAGAGAAUUGUCGUAUCUUUUAAAAUUAGUGGAGAAUCUUGCAAGCAUUGCAAUUGUGUUAGUUACACCAAGAGUUUUUCAAUAAAAAUAAAUAUAAAAGUCAAGUUUUAUAUUGUUGAUAAGUGGAUGCAUUGUGUCAUUGUCACUGAUCGUAAUUUACGAUCCAUUUGAAUACUGAUCCAAGUGAUACAAGUUAAUGUUCAAUUUUGAGUAAACCUUUAAAUGUAACAAUUGGGACGUUAUGUUCUCUUCCAGCAAGGUGGUUCACACGAAUGGAUGAUGCUUGGAGGCAAUGAACGGAAUGGAGAGACAUGGACAUGGACAUGGACACUCGCAUGCACACUCGCAUCGUCAUCGCCAUUCUCAUGGCAAUUCGCAGAGCGCGUCACAGAAUUCGAAUCAAUCGUCCAAACAUAGCCAUAGUCACAUAGCUCAUUCUCAGAAAGAACCAUCUACACCGCAAGCGGCACAGAAACCAAGGAACUAUAAAUUAUUGGUGGAUCCGUUCUUAGUAAAAGGAGCUACCAAAUUGUAUAGAUAUGAUGGAAUGGUUCCAGGAGAUCCGACGUAUCCUGUGGUCCAACCACGAGACCCUAGAUCUCAGUUAACAAGAAUAUGGACUCGAUUAGAACAACUCGACUUACCUGUACCUAGAUUUAAAAUAGAUUCUAAUUAUUGCGGGGAACCUCCUCCGCUGGAGGUAACAUUUUGUCACCUUAAUGACAAUAUUGAUAAAACAUUUUUAACAGACAUGGUUCAGAAGUUUGGUGCCGUAGAAGAACUUACUAUAUAUUACCAUCCAAUAACUAAUAAACAUCUUGGAAUAGCCAGAGUAGUCUUUGAAACUACUAAAGCAUCCAAAGCUUGUGUAGACAAAUUGAACAAUACAUCUGUGAUGGGUAGGGUAUUAAGAGUGUUUCUCGAUGCUUUUGGAGAGGAAUGUAAAAAGAUUUAUGAAGAGUUAACCAUAGAAAAGAAACCAGAGAGAAAAAUCGAAAAGGAAAUAAAGUGUGAUAUUGAACCGGAAAAGCAAACACCGAUCGAUAAAGUUGUGCCUGAAGAAAGGGACGAUUAUAGAAGUACUAAGAAGACAAUUGUUAGUGUAGAAAAAGUUAGAGAUCCGUAUGUUGAAAAUUCGAGAUACAAUAAGUAUAGGGAUUAUCCUACACCUAGUGGAAGUACUGGCAGUGAUUUAGGCUAUGGCACAGCGCCUAGCGAAUUAAAUUAUUCUAGCAACUAUUCUCAAAAUUCUACUCCAGCUACCAAUUAUGAUUUUUACUAUAGUGGUUACCACCAUCAACCACCUAACAGUUAUUUAACUAAUAUACCACAAAAUGUAUCCCAAAAUCUUUCUAUGCAACCAAAUUCAAACGUGUGGUGGAGUAAUAAUUCUGGAACUGCUGGGUAUCCGUCUGCAUCUGUUUGGCCAGCUCAACAUGGAACUAAUUUGGAAAAUCCAAGUUCUAAUACGGCGUCGACUAAUAAAAGAGUCGACUCAGCAAGUAAAAGUCAACAUCAUGCUACCAAAAAGGAAAAGGAUAAUCAAAGCACUGUCAAAAAUUCAUCUAGAGAUUCUCCUGUUGAAACUCGUAAGACUUUAGAUUUAGAUACGAGAAUAGCAAUGCUGUUGAAGGAUAAGGCAGGUGGAAUGGCCCCUCCUUUUUUACAAUUUGGUAGUGAUUCCGAAGAUGAUAAAAAAUCACAACACGGCGAUAACGAAAUGCUUUCGGAUCCUCCGAGUCCGUUUAUAUCUCAGGAAGCAUACAAAUCUUGUUUCGAAAAAAUGAGAGAAAAAAACAAGGAAAGAUGGAAAAUUCGUGAGAACAAUUUAAAUCAGUUUUCCGUCGAUGAAGAAUUAGGCAGCGUUAUCAGUUCUAGCGAAGAUGAAGCCUUGUUAGGAAGUUACAGUCCAGCACCGGAUGAAAUUGAACCAGAACCACCUAAAGAGCCACCGCCUCCUCCACCACCUGACGACGACAGAAUGUCUUUGAGUCCAUUGAGUUCGGGAGAUGAAAAAAUAGAAGAGGUUAUCGCUCAACCCGAGCCUUCGAGUCACUUAUAUCCAGGACCUGGUUAUCCUGGCCAUAUAAGUCAUUAUCCAUCCGGAGACGUUUAUAGUUGGCCUAGACCAGCCCAAUAUCCUUAUCCUUAUGGAACGACCUAUUUGCAAAGCCAUUACCAACCUACCACGGCAUCCUUAUCGGGAACAGUUGGAAGUCAUCAAGGGACAAGUUAUUAUUCGUCUUUCCAAUCUCGUUUGCAGGCCAUGGCAAAUCAUAAUAUUACUAAAGAUAAUCCGCAGGGUCCUACCAUCAAUGGUGUAUUAAACAGAGUUGUAAAUGAACUGAAACAAAUUUUAAAAAAAGAUUUUAAUAAGAAAAUGGUAGAAAAUACUGCAUACAAAUUAUUUGAAGUUUGGUGGGAUGAGAAAAAAUCAGAAAAGAAUCAAACUCAAGGGGGUGACAUUGCUGUUAUUAAUAGUACUAAUAAAGAAGAAAAUUCAAAACCGCAAGGACUUUCAUUACUUUUGGAACAAGGAACACCAUUGGGUCUCAAUUACGAUGGAUUUGGUUUGGGUAUCAGAGCUAGUAUGCCAAAGAUGCCUUCAUUUAGGCGUAAAAUUAAAGCUCCGAGUCCUUUACCUCAAGACGAAGAUAGUCAUCAAUCCGAUCGCAUUGAUACGGAAAUCAUAGAAAGCGAUAGCGAUUUGGAUCUACCACCGGUACAGAAAGUUAAAAGACCAGUUUCUUCUCUUCCGAGCGGUUCUUCUUCCUCGUCAUCAUCUUCAUCCACUGAAAGUUCUAGCGAAGAAGCUAGUUCCAGCGAAUCUUCUAGUAGUUCGAGCGAGAGUUCGGAUGAAGAAAAUUCUGAUGAUGAGCAAGACACGGAUAGUCGCAUGUCCGAUCAUCGUCCCUUGGCUUGUAACAGCGAAGAUCCAGAUAUAUUAAUGGAACUGGCUAUUCAAAGAUCUUUGGAUUGUCCUACUCCAACUGGUAGAGAUACUCCACUGCCAGAUAUAAAAAUAAUAGAUCUAAAUUCUGAUGAGUUCCCUGAAAUAGAUAACAGCGAGAGUCCAUUACCACCUUCUCCAGAAAAAUAUGAAAAUGAUAAGGAAACGAAUGAAAGAUUAAAUGAAAAUUAUCAAAAUAAGAUAGAGGAACAACAAUUGGAAACAUUAAAGCCUAUAGAUGUUAAUGCGAACAAACCGAGGUUAGAAAAUGAUGUACAGCAAAAACUUAAUACGUAUAUUGCCAAGUUACCGCAAAAAGAAGAGAUUCAACAAGAUAUGAAGAAAAUGGAAAGCUCAGCUGCAGAAGCACUGAUUACAUUAGCUGGCCAGGAUAAUAUUAUACGGCACAGAAGCCCAGGGCCUAUCGAACCUAAUAUCAUUAGAACUCUUCAAACAUUGUCUGCCAAAUACAUUAAUGACGAACCUAUUCUUAAGGAAUCGGAGAAAAUUGAUAUGUUUAGUGAAAUUCCUACUACAGAUUCGGAAGAGGAAAGUCUCGAAAUUAGAAGAUUAAAAUUCCAAGCAGAAGUCGAUCUACGAUUAAAUGGUCAACAAAGCCCAAGCUCGCCUGGUUCACAGGCAUCUCAGGUUUUUAUGGAACAUUCAUAUUCUUUACCACCAGCGCUUCCAGAACCCGUGGAACCUGUUGUUCGUAUGAAUGCACCACCGAUAAAGAUAAAAGCUUCAAAGGUUGUCAAAUUAACGAAAGGAAAAGAUAAAGUGCAUAAGGUUGAAAAACGAAAGUUGAGUAAAUAUCCCAAAAUACAUGAUCUUCAGAAACACGAAGGAGAGAAGGAAAAUAUUCAAAAUGAAUAUGUUUAUGAAAGAUAUGUUAGGAAUAUUCAAGAACCACCAGUAGUAUAUAAGGAAAGGGAUUUAAUGUCAGAAAUGGGUAUUUUGUACGAAUUCUUGACCAGAGGUAUAGAUGCGGAAGAUGUUGAAUAUUUAAGAAGAAGUUACGAAGCCUUGCUAGCGGAUGACGCUCAAGGAUAUUGGUUAAACGAUACUCAUUGGGUUGAUCAUCCUGCGACAGAUAUACCAAGUCCAGCUAAGAGAAGAAAACGAGACGAAUUAAGAUUACAUGCAACUGGAAGCGCUAGAACCGAGGGAUACUAUAAAGUAGAUCUAAGGGAGAAAGCAAAGCAUAAACAUCAUUAUGCACAAAGUAUACAACGUUCCAACGACGUAGAGGAGAGUAAUGGUACUUAUACAGGAGGAGAUGGUAUAAUAAACGGUCCAAAGGGUAAUACGAAAGCAUUAACUGGUAAGAUGCAAGCUUUGUCGCGAGAAGCGCGAAGUAAUCAACGUCGCCUUUUAACUGCAUUUGGAAUAGACACGGACAGCGAUCUCCUUAAGUUUAAUCAAUUAAAGUUCAGAAAAAAACAAUUGAAAUUUGCGAAGUCUGGCAUUCACGAUUGGGGUUUAUUCGCUAUGGAACCGAUUGCAGCAGACGAAAUGGUUAUAGAAUAUGUAGGACAAAUGGUUAGACCAGUUGUUGCAGAUUUAAGGGAGUCUCAAUACGAAGCUACAGGCAUUGGUAGUUCUUACCUAUUCCGUAUUGAUUUGGAUACGAUCAUUGAUGCAACUAAAUGCGGCAAUCUAGCAAGAUUUAUUAAUCACAGUUGCAACCCAAACUGUUAUGCAAAAGUAAUUACUAUAGAAAGCCAAAAGAAAAUUGUAAUCUACAGUAAACAACCGAUAGGAGUUAACGAAGAAAUAACUUAUGAUUACAAAUUUCCAUUGGAGGAUGACAAAAUACCCUGCCUUUGUGGAGCUCCGCAGUGUCGGGGUACUCUCAAUUAA